AUGUUUAAAAGGACUACUACUUUGAGUUUGAUGAGUAUUUAUCUACUGAUUGCCUUAUCUAGAAGAAGAUACCAUAAAGAACUAAAACAAUCACAAACAAUGGACACUAUUCUGGAAACAACAAAAAACAACAUCAAAGUAGUGACGUUCAAUAAACCUCUGAAGAAAAAUGCCAUAGAUGUCGAAAUCAGUGGCAAUGACUUAACAGCAAUAAAACAUGAGUCUAGUACGGAACUAUUAAAAGUUCUCGGAAAAUUCAUAGAAGCUUUUAUAACAUUUCCAAAAGUUCUGAUUGCUAUUGUUAAUGGACCAGCCGUCGGUAUAGCAGUGACCACCUUAGCUUUUUGCGACUUCGUUUUUGCUUCUCAAAAUGCUUUCUUUUACACUCCGUUCACGAAGUUAGGUAUUGUAGCUGAAGCAUGCUCUACAGUCACAUUUCCCAGAUUAAUGGGAGAACGAAAGGCGAUGGAAAUGUUAACUUUAAAUUACAAAAUGCCUGCAAAAGAAGCCAUGGAGUGUGGGUUUAUUAGUAAUGUUUAUAAAGCAGAGGAUUUAGAAGAGAAAGCAUGGGAAAAAAUUAGUGAUAUUUCCAAUCUACCAAUAGACUCUGUGCUAACAACGAAGAAGUUAAUAAGAAGAGUGCACAUGAAUGACCUGUUGAAAACUAAUAUAAUUGAAUUGCGAGAAUUGGAACGACUUAAUAAAAAAUACAGUAAACUG